CUCCUUCAAAACUCUCUCGCUCUCUCUCUCUCUCUACGAAACUUCGAGGAAGCUCACUAUGGCUCACCACACUCUCCCUCCAUUUAACCCCCCGAUUCUUCCUCUCUGUUUCCCACAAACCCCCCCUUCUCCAUUAUCUCUCUCACCUUUCGGUCUCUCCCUUCUGUUUCGUUUGAAUCAGUACAAUGUCCACCAUGAAGUUCAUCAAAAUCGUUCCCAAAAAGCUUUUCAAGUCCAGGAAAUCACAGUCCGUUUCCAGAUCCGAGAACGAUCCGUCCUCCUUCAGCUCCCAAGCAACGUCGUCUUCCGCCGAUGAUUCCCACUCUGGCCUCAAGAAGCCGCUCGACGGAUUAGAUACGCCAACCAGCGUUCUGCCUUCUUUAUCCUCCGGCGAGUGGUCCGAAUUCUCUGCCGAUGUUUACUUUGAACUAAAGCAAGCGUUCGAGAUGAUAGACAGGGAAGGGACUGGGAAAGUAAAGAAAGAGGAGCUGAAAGCUUUGUUGAGUAGCAUUGGAGCCGAGCCGCCGAGCCAAGAGGAGCUGACUAUGAUGUUAAACGAAGUGGAUAGAGACGGCGAUGGGUGUAUCAGCUUGGAAGAGUUCUACACGAUCGGCUCGGCUUUUGGGACGAAAGCCUUGGAAGCCGAUCUGAGGGAGACGUUUGACUUCUUUGAUUCCGAUCGUGAUGGGAAGAUAGCGGCGGAGGAAUUGCUCAACGUUUUUAAAACUAUUGGGGACUCACGGUGCACGUUAGAGGACUGCCGGCGCAUGAUAGGAGGCGCAGACAGGAAUGGGGAUGGGUUUGUCUGUUUCGAGGACUUCCGGCGUUUGAUGGGCCUGCAAAGAUGAUACUUUCUUGUUUAAAAAAAAAAAAUGAAAUGAAAUUUAUAAUU